GUUGAAGGCUUCACAUUGCACAUUGCAUGCGGAGCGGCGCGAACGUUGAACUAACGUGGGUCAGUUUGUCAGGCCCACUUGGAGAAUCAGAUCGUUGAAAGAGAAAAGACACCACUUAAUUCAAAAUGCUGCAGCAAGGAUAAUUACUCAACCUAGGAUGUACAGUUCGUUAAGUGUUUACAUUGGCUUCCAGACAAAGAAAAGAACUUGUCAUUUUCAGCAUCAGAUGUACAAUAUGGAGGAGACAUUUCUGGCUUUGUGGGAGCAUUUUGCAAUGAAAACGGGUAGUCUCAGAAGAGAACUGUAAUAAUAAAGGGGACAAUUCUGCAUUGCAUGGUGGUAUCCUUUUCAUAUAUGCCAUGGAGAAGCAAAGUUUGGAUGUAAAGGAAGAGGGUGGUGAAGAAGAGUCUGUACAACUUAAGAAAAAGAACCUAGACAUUAAGGAAGAGAAGUGUGAGUGGUGGACAAUAGGGGUCAAAGAAGAAUUAGAAUCAAAAUGUGGUAGCACCAAGACACAGAAAUCAGAAAACGUAAGCAAUAUUAAGGAAGAGGACCUUAAACCAGAGUCUGCCUCUCAGUAUGAGUGUCCAGAUGAAGCAGUACCUGGAUUAGGCUUUACCCCUUGUGGACCCCUCUCCCCACCACAGAAUCACUCUGUCCAUGUGAAGUCAGAGUCUUUAGAGUUGUUCUUGAAGAGGCCUCAGAAAGAAUCCUGUUCAAGUUACUCUGGGAAAGGCUCUGGGGAUUUGCAACCUAUCUCAACUGAAUCAGAUGGGAAACAGGGCCCAAACCUGAUGGAACUGCUUGCACUUGGCCAAUUUAGACUGAACAGUCUGCCUAACCUUCUUGACUCUGAUUUACCAGAGAGUGGCAGCUUUUCCCUGUCUUCAGUUCAUCAGACUUCUGCUAAUCUAAGCCUACAACAGACACCCCAUAAUGACAAUAUGAAGAAACCAGCAUCUGGAACAGAGCCUUUGAUAUCAGACAUUUUUCAAUGUGGGGCUCUACCUGUUGAAAAACAAACGAGGGUAGAUGCGAUCAACAGUCAAAAACAAAUUCAAAAUACGAACUCGGUGGCUUUGAGUGUCUGUCCAGCACAAGGGGCAGUUUUUACAUGCAUAACUAAAUACAAAGAUAUUUGGAGUCAGAUGACGCAGAAGCCGUAUUACUGUUCAGAAUGUGGCAAACAAUUCUUACAAAUGAGCCGCCUUCGGAGCCACGCAAGAAUUCAUACCGGAGAGAAGCCAUUUUUCUGUUCUGACUGUGGAAAACGGUUCUUGAGGAUAAGCAGUCUUCAGCGGCACAAAAUGAUUCACACUGGAGAAAAGCCAUUUUUCUGUUCUGACUGUGGCAAGCGAUUUACAACCAGUGGGUGUCUUAAGAUCCACACACGAAUUCACACUGGAGAAAAGCCCUAUUGCUGUUCUGACUGUGGCAAACAAUUUACAACCAGUGGGUGUCUUCAGACACACACAAGAAUUCACACUGGAGAGAAGCCAUAUUGCUGUUCUGAGUGUGGCAGACAAUUCUCACGAAAGAGUAGCCUCCGGCGCCACACAAGUAUUCACACUGGAGAGAACAACAGUUAAUAGGAAUCAGUGCUGGGCAGCAAACCUCAUUACUCCUAAAGUUACUGCAGAAAGGAAAAUAGACAAAAAUGCACUACACCUUGGAUGAAACAAAUUGAAGAAAAAGUAAAACUCUGACAUAGAGAGGUGUCUUUAAAUAAACUCUACAGUGCCCUCCACUAAUAUUAACACUCUGAGUAAAUAACAGCAAAAUGGGCUGUGGAAAAAAAUAUUCUUCUUUGUUCUACCUCUUGAUCUUUCAUUCAAAAUAUUAAUACAAAUCUAACCUUUAACUGAAGUGAAAUAAUUGAAAGGAAAAAGAAAUUCUCAUCACAAAACAUUUUUUUCCUCAAAAAUAUGUGCCAGAAUUAUUGGCACCCCUAGAAAAUCAUAUGGGUAAAUCUAACGGAAGUAUGCACCCAUUCAUAUUUUACAUUUUGAGUACUUCUGAGUAGUCUUUGAGAUACAGUGGGGAAAAAAAGUAUUUAGUCAG